AGCGUUUGAACUGUUAACAUCGUUUUCAUACUCCCUAGGUGAUUUGGACUGAUCCAUAUAACAAUACGAAUAAAAAAUGCGAGUACUACUAGUAAUUUUCUCUUUGUUGUUUUGCCUGUCGAUUUGUCAUGGAUAUCGUUUGCUCGGAUUAUUUCCAUUUCAUGGCAAAAGUCAUUUUGUUAUGGUUGAGCAGCUGUUGAAGGGCCUAGCCAGGAAGGGUCAUCAAGUCGACGUGGUCAGCAAAUUUCCUCUAAAGAAACCUUAUCCAAAUUACACCGAUAUUGUGAUAUUGCCGACAAAUGUGCAUUUGGUGAACAAUAUGACGUUUCAACUAAUGCAACAAAUAUUUAGCGCAAAUCCAAUAUACACCGUUUCGACAUUGGCAGGAAACGAACUUUGCGAAUUCUUAGGAAAUCCAGAAAUUAAAGAACUAGCCAAACCAAAGGAUCCACCUUACGAUGCUGUGCUUAUAGAGAUUUUUGGUGCGCAAUGUUAUAGUGUCAUUGCUCACAUAUUAAAAGUUCCUUUGAUUGGGAUCAGCACUACGUCGUUGUACCCGUGGCUAUAUGAUAUGAUCGCUCAACCUGAGAGUCUGGCCUUCGUGCCGAACAACUUUUUAAGUUCGACCGAACCCAUGAAUUUUUGGCAACGUUUGUAUAACGUCAUACAUACAUUCUUCGACAAGUGGUAUUUUAAUUAUCUUACGACACGGGAGCAAGACAGAAUAAUAAGGGAACACUUCGGACCGAACAUACCGAGCGUACGGGAAUUGGAAAAGAAGAUGUCGCUGGUCCUCAUCAACUCUCACAUCGCGCUAAAUGGGAUACAGCCGAGGACAGCUGCCGCAGUAGACGUGGGGGGAAUCCACGUCCAGGACGAAGAUGAAACAUUGCAGCCUGAAUUAGAGAAAUGGAUGAACGAUAGUAAAGAUGGUUUCAUUUAUUUCACUUUUGGCUCAAUGAUGAUGAUUGAGACUUUUCCGCACGAGUUCCUAAGAGUGCUUUACACCUCCUUAGGUAAAAUAGCACCCGUGCGGGUUAUAAUGAAGAUACCAAAACCGGAGAAAUUGCCAGCCGGUUUGCCCAAAAACAUUUACAUUUCCCCUUGGAUGCCACAAAUUAAAAUAUUGAAACAUCCUAACAUAAAAGCCUUUAUCACUCACGGUGGACUCAUGGGCACGUUGGAAUCGAUAGUAUGCGGUGUCCCCAUGAUCGGUAUACCACUUUUCGCCGAUCAGUUUACAAACAUCGACAGGUAUGUUGCUAAAAACAUUGCCCUGCGACUGGACAUGGACAUGAUUACCGAAAAAAGCUUCGACGCAGCGUUAAACGCAAUCUUACGAGACCCCCUGUAUAGAGAAUCUGCGCGGAAAUUGUCCCAACGAUUCUUCGAUCAGCCAUUGAACGCUAUAGACACUGCUAAUUAUUGGGUCGAGUACGUCAUUAAGUACGGUGAGGAUUGUUUGCGAUCGCCCGCGCUGGAUUUAACCUGGUGGCAAUUAUCCCUUAUCGAUGUUAUCGGAUUUCUUCUAUUUUGCGCAGGAAUCGUUAUCGCUAUAGUAAUAUUUAUUGUGCGUUUUGUGAAGGAAAUGUCAAAUGGAAAUUAUAACAGUUUGUCGUAUUCGAAAAAAAUAAACUGAUUAAUUGAUUAUAUAUUAAUUAGAAAUAAAUAUAGUUUAUAUGUUAGUUUUUCUAAUUGCGUAUCUUCGCGAAGGAAUUUAUUGAAGAAGACAUGCAUAGAGUAUCUUUUAGCAACGUUUACAGGCGAUACUGUAUAACACAGUGUACGAUUCCGUGCUUUCCAAUUAUGACACGAUGUUGACACAAUCGUACACAGCUAAAAUGCUGUAUUCGAUGUCGUUAUUUUAUAUCACUUCAUGAAUACCAAAUUUUUAUAUUUCAUUACCACUUAUUUUUCUAAGAAUAAUACUCUGAUAAGAAAUUUCAAGUUUCGGAUAUAUUCGGACGUGUGUAUAAGAUCUUUUUCUUUAUUUCACUCUGAUGGUGAAAUAGAAAAACUAAUCAAUAUUUCAGCUAUAAAUCGACACUGUGUAUUAACAUAGCACACAGUAUAUAACUGUGUUCCGUUGCUUUCUAACAACGAAAAGCACCUAUAAUUACAUGUCUUCCUUAAUAAAGGUAUUAUUAGGGAGAAGUAAAUAAAGGAGAUUGCAUUUUUAUAUACAAAUCUCUUUGAUAUUCUCUAACAAAUAUUUAUUAAACGUAAUAUAAUUCUUUGACAGAUAUAGUUCUUCCCCCGUAACUUAAUCUUACUCGCAGAAGCAUACGUUUAUACGAUGUUCUUCGUUAUGUACAGACACAUUUAUAUUAUUUUUGUAUUACACCAGGCAAAUAAAUAUAUUUGCACCUAUAAAAUCUAAGAGUUCAUGUAUUCUUUUUAUUGUCAUACAAUUGCUCAGAGUUCUCUUGUUUCAGUGCUGAAUUAAUCACAAUGUAAGAAGAUCAGGUGAACUAAUUUAAAGGAUGUACCGUUGUUUAAAGUAAUAACAACAUUUGUGACUAAUUAAAAAUUGGCCUUAAAUUUUAUAAGUUAAUAUAAAGCCGCU